CUCUCCAAUCAACAACCGCAGCAGGAGGAGACCUGAGCCUGAAGAAGUGACACCGCCUCACCUUCCUGACUUCACUCCUGUUUACCAGGACAACCUCAACCCACCCGGGACCGAACCUGCCAGCAUGGCGACCCCUCUCACCGACCAGGAGAAGCGAAAGCAGAUCAGCAUCAGGGGCAUCGUGGGAGUGGAGAAUGUGGCCGAGCUGAAGAAGGGCUUCAACCGACACCUCCACUUCACCCUGGUCAAAGACAGGAACAUCGCGACACCCCGGGACUACUACUUCGCUCUGGCCCACACCGUCAGGGAUCACCUGGUGGGGAGGUGGAUCAGGACUCAGCAGUUCUACUAUGAGGCUGAUCCAAAGGUACGAAAACAACAAACUCAGAGUUCACUUUCACUUCCUGUAAAAAUGUACAGUACGGAGAGAGAUUAGACUGUAACACAACAUGAAACUUGUCUGUAUGCAGAUGAGUUAUUGAAAACACUUUAACAACCAAUAACAGAGUUUGAUAUUCACUCUUAUGAGACUUUUAGACAAAUCAGUCUCAUGAGAAUAGCUGAAAAUAAAAGUACAAAGUGUGCAGACUGAGAGGAAAUGAAACAAAACAGAAUUAAAGGUGCAAAAAAAGUAUUUAUUAGAAGUGUUAAAAUGAUAAAGAGAUUUGUAUUGGACAUGCAAAAUCAUGUUAAACAUAUGUAACACAACAUGAAACUUCUCUGUAAGCAGAUGAGAGUUAUUUAAAACCACUUUAACAGAGUUUGAUAUUCGCUGUUAUGAAACUUUUUUUAUACAAAACAUGAAACUCAGAGCCUCUGCAGACCAAAUGAACACAACCUCCAAAGAUUCAUAGAAAGGAUUCAGAUCAUUUUAUAGGAAUAUAGAUCAACUUAAAACAUGACUACUAUUUGUUAAAACAGAAUCCCAAUAAGGAUCAGAAGUAACUACAUAACUUGAGAUAACAUCAGUCUCAUGAUUAUAGCUGAUAAUAAAAGAACAAUGUGUGCAGAUUGAGGAUUAAAGGUGCAGAAGUGCAAAAAAGUCUUUAUUGGAAGUGUUAAAGUAAUAAAGAGGUUUGCAUUACACAUGCAAAAACAUGUUAAACAUAUCGACACUCUAACAUGUGCAUCGACAAAUAUUGCGAAAUACACAAUGAAAAUUUUAAGUGCAGUAAAAAAAUGACAUGAAACCACAUGCGAUGCAUAACUUGAGAUAAAAUCAGUCCAGUGACAAUAAAAGUACAAAGUGUGCAGAUUGAGGGGAAAUGAAAAAAAGAGGAUUAAAGGUGCAGAAGUGUAAAAAAUGUCUUUAUUGGACGUUUUAAAGUAAUAAAGAAGAAUUCAGAGAGUAUCAGAGAUCGUAUCUGCUGCUGAGGAUAAAACACGUCCUGUUCAGCUGCAUUUUUUCAUCUGUCUGCUCGCAUGGCUUCCUAUUAUUUUGACAUGAGGAAGUUUUCUUCCUGCACAAACUUUCGCACUUCCUUUUCCAAGAGUGAGGAAGGUAUUUCUGGGUCGUUGCAUCAUGUUUACACUCUCCAGUUCAUGCAGGAAAAGGUGGUUUAACUCGUUUGCUGCCCACAGAGCGUUUCAUUUCCUCAACAGUCUCACCGAACAUGGAGGACGUCUGACUAAUCGAGCUUUUAAUAAAAUGAUGUCAAGUGUAAUCAUGUUUUCUUUCACACAUCCAGAGGGUUUAUUAUCUGUCUCUGGAGUUCUACAUGGGCAGGACGCUCCAGAACACCAUGAUCAACCUUGGUCUGCAGAACGCCUGUGAUGAGGCCAUCUACCAGGUCAGGACCGGGUUUAGACACGAAUGAUCGCAGAUUUACAGACGGGUCUUUUUCAGUUUACACAAACACAUCACUGUUUGGGCUGAGAUGUUUUCUUCUGCUGCUGCUGUAGCUUGGUCUGGACAUGGAGGAGCUGGAGGAGAUGGAGGAGGAUGCAGGUCUGGGGAACGGAGGUCUGGGGAGACUGGCAGGUAAAAAACUACAGCUGUUUAGAUUUAGAGGAGACGUGUUGAUAAAUAAUCAUGAUUAAAGCUCCUAUUGGUGACAUUUAUCUGUCUCCUUCUUACACAGUGUACGCCAAAAUAAUAAACAAACAACCAUUCAAAUGCAAGAAAAUUAACAGCACUUUAAAAAGUAUAGAGUACAGUCAGAAGUGCAUACCUCUUAAAACUGCUGCACAAAGAAAAAAAAGUUCAUUUCAUAAAUUUUAUCCUGAACAGGAAAAUUUUGCACUUUAAAAACCAUAUUGGACAUAUUAAAUGUUUAUUUUCUGAAAUAGAUCAUAGGAAAUGUGUAAAAACAAAUAUUGUAAAAUAUAGAUAAGAAUAAGAAUAAGUAGAAUAACUUUAUUGACCGAAGGGAAACAAUAAAUAAUAAUAGAUAAUAGUAAUAAAAAUGAUAUAAUAUAAUUUAAUAUAAUAUAAUAUAAUAAAACAUUAUAAUAAUAAUAAUAAUAAUAAUAAUAGUAAUAAUAAUAAUAAUAAAUAUGAUCAAUAAUAUAAUAUAAUAUAAUGUAAUAUAAUAAUAGAAAAUAAAAAAUAUAAUAAAUAAUAGAUAAUAUUAUAAAACAUUAUAUUAGAUAACAAAUAAUUAUAGAUAAUAUUAAUAAUAAAUAUAAUUGAUAUAUAAUAUAAUAAAAUAAUAAUAUAACAAUAAAAUUUUAAUAGAUAUAUAAUAAUAGAUAAUAAAAGAUAUUAUAAUAAAAUGUAAAAUGUAGUUCAGAAAUUUAUAAUUUACAGAUUUAAAAAAAAAAUUAUACUGCACAAUAAAAAUGUGGAUAUUGCUUAAAAAGGUUCAUAUUUCAGGUAAAACAAUGUGAAGUAUUAAUGCACCAUCAAAAAGUUGCUUAGCUAAAUAAUGAAAAUACAAAAUAAAAUAAAAAAAUUAUAGAAAAAGUAUUUUGCUGUAAAAAAUUCUAUUGCAAAGUAAAAGCGUUUUAAAUUUCUCCAAGUAUUUCUAUUGCACAUACAAAAACAUGUUAAACAUAUGUACUCUGUAACAUGUGCGUUGAUAAAAAUUGCAAAAUACUCAAUGAAAAUUUUAAAUACAGUUAAAAAAUUAACAGUUCUUAGUUUAAAAAUGAAAAUGAUGAUUUUUUUUUGUAAAGGUACAGAUUUUUAGGUGAGAGGUAAAAUGUAAAGUAGUGUUGCACAGUUAAAAAAUAUAAAGAAAAUAAAAAUGUAUUGCAGUGAGCAUCGCAUUAUGACCAGAAAUGCUUUUUUUCAGAUUUGGCAGUCGUCCUCUAAAAUUCCUCAGUCUGUCUGAUGAACAGAAAUAAUCGCUGCACCUCCUCCUGCACCAUCAUGAUCACUCAGUUUGAGUCCAUGUUUUGAUUUAAUCUCUUAUAUUUCAUUUUCUGCACACAGCUUGUUUCUUGGAUUCGAUGGCCACUCUGGGUCUGGCAGCGUACGGAUACGGCAUUCGAUAUGAGUAUGGGAUCUUCAACCAGAAGAUCAGAGACGGCUGGCAGGUAAAAACACUCUCAAGUUUUAAAUAUGGUCUUUAAUAAGAGUUUCAUUUGACCUUCCUUAACCUUUAUCUAAAAACUCCAGGAGUGACUGUGGGCUCAGACUCCUGCUGUAAAGACUCUAAAGUGGAGCAGGGCCAAAGGAGAGUAGAGCUAGGUCAGAUUAGAUCACCGAUUAAUCAUUGACGGUCCCUUCACUCGUAGUUUACUCGGUGCAAGACGCUCCUGAGCAAAGCUGGAGCUGGUUGGUUUUCCAUGAGCAAACUGGAGAUAAGAGACCCUCAAACUGCGGGCUUUUGCCCUUUUGAAUUCUUCGGCGUGUUUGCUGUCCAAACCGUCAGAGUCAACAUCGACUCUGGACGCUGAACUGGAUCAUAGCUCGCUGUUUUCUCACUGAGGUGGAUGAACCUGUGCGUUUAAACUCUGCCGCCUCAGUGAACGAGGAUUUCAUUCAGUAAUGCAAACAUAAUAUACGAACAUAAUCGUGUUAAAUCACAGAGUGGAAAUACUUUUAGACUUCACCUGCAGUAAUAAAGAGGUCAAAGUAAGUAAUGAAGUAGGUCGUAAAUCUUGAACUUUUUAAUCUUUGUCCCGGAUCGACUCUCUGCAGGUGGAGGAGGCGGAUGAUUGGCUGAGGCAUGGAAACCCGUGGGAGAAAGCGCGUCCGGAGUACAUGUUACCGGUUCACUUCUACGGGAGAGUGGAGGACACGAAGGACGGCUCCAGAUGGGUCGACACUCAGGUACUGAAGAUGUGUUCAGGACGGUUUUAGGAAAUGCUUUUAGAUGGUAAACUAUGGUCAAAGCUGUAGUUCCCAGAAUCACCACUAGGGUCUGUCUGCAGAAGCACCAGAAUGCACACACACACUCAGUCAAAAAAGCUCAUUUUUAGAGCAGUAUUAUUUUAUUAGCGCUGUUUUCUAUAUUUUUCUUCUUCAGGUGGUUUUGGCGAUGCCGUACGACACGCCCAUCCCCGGCUACAUGAACAACACGGUGAACACCAUGAGGCUGUGGUCCGCCCGCGCCCCCAAUGACUUUAACCUGAGAGACUGUGAGUGUCCGAGGCGGCUCCUCACCUUCAGCUAAAUGUACAAAAACAGUCUGUGAAUUUCCUUUAAGAGUUAAAAGAUAAAAUCUGUGAGAGAGGAGGAAACUGCUGCAACACUGGCACCGUGCAAAAACAAGUCUGUGUUACAAAACAGUCUGAACGCUGCAGAGGGAGAGUUCUGACUUUAAUCUGUAAAAUCUAAAACUCCUGAUAUAGAGAUACUAAAAAUCUACUCCGUCUGUUUCAGUUAAUGUUGGAGAUUACAUCCAGGCUGUUCUGGACAGGAACCUGGCGGAGAACAUCUCCCGCGUCCUCUACCCCAACGACAAUGUGAGUUUGUUUUCGUCAACAUCAAAAAAUCCUGAAUUUAUCUCAGAAAAAGCUCCAAUUAUUUUCUUUUCUGUGUAGUUUUUCGAAGGGAAAGAACUCCGUCUGAAGCAGGAGUACUUCGUCGUGGCCGCCACACUCCAAGACAUCAUCCGCCGCUUCAAGACCACGAAGAAAGGCGUCCCCGGACGAACCUCUUUUGAAAGUUUCCCUGAAAAAGUAAGUCUGAAAAUAAGAAUUAAUGAGUGCAGGUGUCUCAGGGGCGGAGAUGAGGUUAGAGAAGUUAGUGUGUGUUUAGAGAAACGUCACUCUUCUUCUACAUUCAGUUUCUGGUAGAAGAAGACGGCUUAGAAAUUCCAACAAAGAUCAUGAUCGAGGACAGUUUUUGUAAGAUUGUAAAGUUUUCUUAGUUUUACUUUUCUGAGGAUUUAAACAGCUGAUAGAAACAAAACUAUCCAGAACCGUGAAACUAGCCGCGUUAGCUGCUAAUUAAAGCUAACGAGUGAAUACGAUCUCCUGAAGAGCGACCAUGAGACGUUCUCGUUUCUCUCGGCUUGACCGUGAAGAUACUUCCACUGAUCAAUGUCGUGAUUAUUCCUCAGAUCCUGACUACCCCACCUUUAAGAGCGAUGUGUUGUGCGAAUCGAAGAAAUCUGCUUUUCUACUAAAUUAAAGUUGGUGUUCCUCAGGGCUCGAUGUUAGGCCCACAGACUUUUUUUACCUUUUUAUUAACGAUCUGCGUCAAAGCUCCUUAUUAUUGCUGCUGCUUUUCUCCGUAUUAUUAUCAUUAUUUUUAUUUAUUUUUAUUUUUUAUUUUUUUAUUUAACAACAAAACAGAGUGACGACAACAACAGAAACAACAACAACAACAAAAAGAUAAAAAAUAAAAAAUUUACAAAAAUACUUUUGUGAGGGAGGGGAGGGGGAAGGAAUUUAUAUAAUCUGUAAAAGAGAAUUUAAAAAGAAAAGAAAAAAAAAAUCUUAAUUGGAUUACAUUGGAAUAUCUCUAUAAUAAUAAUUAACUCUGUUUGUGGUGCUCUCCAGGUCGCCAUCCAGCUGAAUGACACUCAUCCCGCCAUGGCCAUCCCCGAGCUGAUGAGGAUCUUCGUGGACAUCGAGAAACUGGACUGGGACACGGUGGGUGAGAGUCACUUCCUGGUUCGUCCUCUUCGAGUGGCGUCUGUAAAGGGUUAAACUUCUGAAAUCAUGAUGAGACAGGAACUCAAACCACAACUUGACUAAUGAAACCGUCAGCCUGGAGUUACGUAACGUCUGUGUGGAAAAAAAACAAAAAAACUGUCGUCCAGGUGAAGAAAUAAAGUCAGAGGGAGUUUGAGAAAGUGUUCGACAAAAAAAAACAAACUAUAGAUAAGUUUUAAUUUUUUUUUACACACCCUCCCUCCUCUGCAGGCCUGGGACCUGACCAAGCGCACCUUCGCCUACACCAACCACACGGUCCUCCCUGAAGCUCUGGAGCGCUGGCCUGUGGAGCUGCUGGAGACGCUGCUGCCCCGACAUCUGCAGAUCAUCUACCAGAUCAACCAGAUCCACCUGGAUGUACGUCUAAAAAAAAUAUAUACAGUUUGACUCUGCAGAGCACGUCAGUGAAAAUCUGUCCCGUCUGUUUCGUUCCUGCAGAAAAUCGCUGAACUCUUCCCCGGUGACAUGGACAAACUGAGGUCCAUGUCUCUGAUCGAAGAGGACGGCUGUAAGAGGGUCAACAUGGCGCACCUCUGCAUCGUUGGAUCGCACGCCGUCAACGGAGUGGCGGAGAUUCACUCCAACAUCAUCAAGACUGAAGUGUAAGACAGAAUUUAAUCUCAGGGUGAAGUUUAGGAGGAGAGAUAAACACAUGAUUCAGACGAAGACGGACAUUUUGAAACGACACCAGAGUGUGUGUCUUCACAGAAAACCACAGGAUUGAAUCAUCGUUCGCCGCUCUUACACACACCGAACAAUAACUGCAACAUCACCGGUGUUGAGAAACAAACACACAAAGUCGAGUUACACAUGAUCUACAGGAACUUCAGAAACAAAGUCUGAAUUCUGCUUCAUUUAAGGUGCCGAUUAAACACACAGGGAACUAAAUAUGACUGUUGAUGUUAAUGUUGUCUCCAUCAGAGUCCUCCUCGGUCCUCCUAAAAGUCAGUUUGGAGUAAAUUCCUCUGAACUUUCUCCUGAUCUGCUUCCAGGAGACGAAUCCUCAUCCUGCUGACUCACUCUUUCCCUUUUUUCACGACACACUGAGGUUUUUUUUCUGCUGCUUUUCUUGAUCAAAAUUUUACAGCCUGACGGCGUUCAGGUCUGACCGUUUCCUCUGAACCCUCAUGUCGAUGUGACGCCGUGUUUGGGUAAAAGCAAAAGAACAAUCCGGUUCUUCGCUGCGCCUCAAAUGUGACUGAGAAUCCACGCUGUGUCGGAGUCUGUCCGUGUCAUCGAAGUCCCUCGGUUCAUACAAAGCACUGACACAGACUUGGGGUCAUUAGAGGUCAAACAUGCCUUAGUUCAGUACUUAUUGCUGAGUGUCGGUGCGCCUUAGGACUCUAAUUAAAGCUCCAGUGAGUGACUUUUUUGGAGUUAUAAAAUAGACUGAAGAUAAACAGCCAAAGUAGGUGAUAUAUGUGACUCUAAAAACAGGAAAGAAGACUCAUUUCUGAACCAUCAGUGAAAAGGUUAGAUGUAAUGCUCUUGGGUUACCACAGGGGGCGCCAAGUAAACCAACAUUUUCUCACUGGAGCUUUAAAAAUGGAAAAACUUGAAAAAAAUAACACAAAUAUCUGAUGUAAAUCACAUAUGGGUCGGUUCCUGGUGAGGCAUCUUAGAGUGAAGAGAUGAAGGGUACAAUUUUGUCCUCAGGGGGCGCCAAACUCCAGCACCAUAUGACAGUUUACCACAGGAGCUUUAAAUUCUUCUUCUGUAACAUUUUGUUUUUUUUUCCACAGCUUCCGAAACUUCAGCGACCUCGAACCGGAGAAGUUUCAGAACAAAACCAACGGCAUCACCCCCCGACGCUGGCUGCUGCUCUGUAACCCCGGCCUGGCUGAGCUCAUCGCCGAGGUUUGUUUACACCGCCGCCUGAGAAACAAACACAGAAACGAGCGAGCGAGUGAGCGAGCGCCAGGAGGAGUUCUAAAACCUCUGAAUCCUCCGUAAACUCUCCCCCAGCUGUCAGGCUGUGACUCAGCUCUGGAACAGUUUAUCCCCUCCUCGCAGAAUUUUCCAAACGUUUACGAGGAAACAGUCUCGGUUUGUUUUGGACGCUUUUUAACGGACUUCUGUUUCUUUCAGUUCAUCGGGGAGGAUUAUGUGAAGGACCUGAGUCAGCUGCAGCAGCUUAAUGACUUUGUGGACGAUGCCGCCUUCAUCCGAGACGUGUCCAAAGUAAAACAGGUAAACAUUCACUCAGGAAGUCCACUGAAAUAUUCACUUUUACAACAUUAUGAGUCAUCGAAGGGAAAAUACAAGGUCCAUCUAAAAUAUUCAUGUGGUUUUAAUACAAGGAAAAACUCAUGGAGGUUUAUCAAAACUUACACCAAAGUAGAGAGUCUGAAAUUUUUAUUAAAUAGAUAACAGGAAGUCUCUUUUUUUUAUUUCCUGUUGGUCUAAACAGCUCAAGUCUGAGGAUGCUGCCAAUCGAGUUUUUUUUCUAAUAUCGUCAAAGUAAUUAUUACAGUUCUUAUACAUUCAUCAUUUCACAACGUUAUUAAUUUAUAAAAUAAAAGAAAUAUUGUUAUUGCUGCUUAGGACAAUAGAAAUAAAACAAUACUGUAAAAAAAUAUAAAAAAUGAUAAAUAAAAAUGGAAGGCAGUGAUGUUUUAUAGCUGCUAAAAUGUUAAAAUUUAAAGCUCCUGUGUUGUACUUAUAUUUGUGUCAUCUUUGGCGCCCCCUUGUGGACAAAACAGUCUCUAAUCAUCGUGUCCUGUACAUGCUUAUAAUACAUUUUAUCAUAAAAAAAAAGUUACUGUCAGACUGGUUUGUUCUCAAGUCCUGUUUUUUUCUGUACAGCUCUAUUUUUAAAAGUUAUUAGGGGGUUCAUGUUUUCUAUGAUUGACACCUGAUACAGCCUAUGGGCGUACAAAGAUUGUGUAGCUCACCAGAGCGACUCUCGGUGACUCUCCCGCUGAAUGCGUACAACGCUACUGCGCAACGUUGGUUUCAGGAAGUGGAGAAAAAUCGCAGAAAUACCGAGAGCUUUUUACCUUCACAGACAGAAGGUGGAACCAAGUUGUCCAUAGUAUAUACAGUCUCUGAGUGUGACCAACUGAACUCUUCCUUUAUGAUGUCACACAUUAGAUCAAUGAGACCAAAGACUUCCAUUCUAAAGUUCUUAUUGUGGUGAAAAUUCCGGAAUCCCCUUUGAUGUCCUUGAUGUUUUGAUCUCAUUGAAGAUCAGCUGUUCUGAAUUACACACACACAAACACACAAAUAGGUUGCAGGCAGUACUGUGUGUGGAGUGUGUACAAUGCUACUGUGCAAUGUUGGUUUCAGGAAAUUGAGAAAAAACCUGUAAUUACCAAGAGAUUUUCGGCUUCAAAUUCGUGUACUGGGGAAAAGCGUAAUCAAGUUGUACAUAGACGGGUUUCUGCGCAACAUUAUUUUGUUUACUAGCGGAGACGACAAUCGUCAAACAUUACGACCCUGCUCCUAAUAUUAGAAACAUCGGAAACAACGACACAACCUGGUAAAUUGAGUGAAAUUCAUGCAUAUUUCAGUGUUUUUCUGAUUUUGAUGCAAAGAAAGACAAAGUAAUUUUUCAGUGAAAUGAGAUUUUAUUGCAAUUGUAUCAGAGAGAACUAAAAAUUACAAAAUCAAACCAGUCCAUCAUGUUUCUGAUGGUUUUGUUUGUUUCUGUUUAUCAUAAAAAUGCUUCAGUAUGAACUUGAGACUUUACUGCGAAGGUUACACCAACAUGAUGUUGUUUGUUAUUUCUGCGUGUCUCUGCAGGACGAGAUUUUACGACCGCAUUUAUUUGUCAGGAAUCAGGACGUGUCGGGACAGGUCACCGCUGCGAGUCAGCGCCUUUCAUUCUCAUAUUUCUGAUUUCAGGACAACAAGGUGAAGUUCGCUCAGUACCUGGAGAAGGAGUACAGGGUGAAGAUCAACCCGGCCUCCAUGUUCGACGUCCACGUGAAGAGGAUCCACGAGUACAAGCGUCAGCUGCUCAACUGCCUGCACAUCAUCGUCAUGUAUAACCGUACGGGAAAUCACUCAACAUCACACACACACUGAGCGCCGGGAGGUUUGAGAGUCACAUGACAUGAUCUGGCGUGAAAAAGUCUCCACCCGAUCCGUGCCGACAGCAAGUCCAAACAAACCCUCAGAUCAGGAUCCGUCUGGAUCAGGGCGAUCAAGGGAGGGAAACACACGAAUCAGCAGUUCUGUUUUUAUGCAACAUGCAGAUAUAUUAUGCAACUGAGUCUUCAACCUUCAGAGGAAAAUUCACAGAGAUCAUGAAACUGUAAUUCAGAGUAAAAUACCUAAAGAGUCAGACAAGAGCGGGCAGAUCCUACAAAUGUGCAUCAGGCCAGUUUUUAGUAACACUUAGAGAAAAAUAUUCAGUAAAUGUUCAAAACAGUUUCUCAAAGAUCAUCCUAAACUUCCUCUUUGUUUGUGUCCGUUUCUGUUUCCACAGGGAUCAGGAAGAACCCCAAUGCUCCGUUCGUACCUCGAACCGUGAUCAUCGGAGGAAAGGUACAGAGAGAACAUCACAGACGGAGGUGUGUGUGUGUGUGUGAGGUUUGUGUUUCACGCUCUGUCGCCCCCUGCAGGCCGCUCCAGGGUACCACAUGGCCAAGAUGAUCGUGAAGCUGAUCACCUCGGUGGCUGACGUGGUGAAUAAUGAUCCUGUGGUGGGAAACAAGCUGAAGGUGAUCUUCUUGGAGAACUACAGGGUCUCCUUAGCAGAGAAAGGUACCGUCCAACACCUGCUGCUCAUGGUUCUGGAUCUUCUAUGAACACCCAGAACCAGAAUCACAGUGAAACCUCCUUCUUCUCCGCAGUGAUUCCUGCCACAGAUCUGUCCGAGCAGAUCUCCACCGCCGGCACCGAGGCCUCAGGGACAGGAAACAUGAAGUUCAUGCUGAAUGGAGCGCUGACCAUCGGCACCAUGGACGGAGCCAACGUGGAGAUGGCGGAGGAGGCCGGAGAGGAGAACCUGUUCAUCUUUGGCAUGAGGGUGGAGGACGUGGCUGAGAUGGACAAAACAGGGUAAAGGAGACCGUCUUCCUGAAUCAUAGAAGUGAAGAAAGUCACAGUCGGACCUGAGCUCUCUUUGAUCUGUUCCUUCAGGUAUGACGCCAUGGUCUACUACAAGAAGAUCCCAGAGCUCAAACAGGUGAUGGACCAGAUCACCAGCGGGUUCUUCAGCCCUAAAAACCCUCAGCUCUUCAAAGACCUCACUGAAAUGCUCUUCAAACACGACCGGUGAGAAACACGCGGAUACGUCCUUUAAUUUCAGUCCCUGAAGAUUUAAGAAGUGAGAAAAUUUAACCAUGAAUUUAUGAGUUUAUGUCUAAAUCAGAAAUAUUGUUUCCUCAUCCUCUGUCCAACUGUGCAGAUAGGCUGUUAAACAGCGCCCUCCUCUGGACAAACUUUGUAACAUAAUUUCUGAAUGACCCCUGAGUUUUGUUUACAGGUCCAAGUUUUUCAUCAGUUUUAAAUCUUCUGAUUAAUUCAGAUUUUUGACUCUUUCAGGUGUAAAUUAAAUUAAAAAUAAUAUUAUGCAGUUGCAAAAUGCAGUUUGCAUCCAUCCAGCUUAACAAGUAUAAAUAUAUUUACAAAUGUACACAGUAUGAAAGAAUAUAUACAUGAGUCUGUCAGGGAAUAAAAGUGCAUACAGGCUUUAGUAGUGCACAGGCUAUAAACAGACUAUAAAUAUGAUUAUAUGACAGAUAAAUUAUACAGUCGUGAAAAUGAGGUUUGAAAGGUUUUAAGUUGGUUUACGGAUAUAAAGUGCAGGUAGUUAUAGAUAAUUAAAGCAGUGGUUCUCAACUGGUGGGUCCUGACCCAAAAGUGGGUCGCAAACGGCUGGUCAAAAAAGUCAAUAUUAAAUGCGCAUUUGAUGUUUGACAUGUCUUUUAUUUUGAAAAAUAUCUGAUUUUGAAAGUUCCUUUUAAUGUGGCCUGAAUGCAGUAAAAUUACAUGUUUUGUAAUUCUAUUUAUUUUGUGCAAUUUGAUGUUUAUUCACUUUUUUUUUAUUAUAAAAAAAAUUAUUUGCUGGUUUGGAUUUUAUAAAAGUGGGUCACAACUUCAGGACCAUGGGAAAAUGUGGGUCCCAGAGUGAGACCAGUUGAGAACCACUGUCUUAAACUGUUUUGCUUUUUAAAGCCCUCGUUGUCUAACUUUGAUUUAUCGUCUCGUCUCUCUCCUCAGUUUCAAAGUGUUUGCAGACUUUGAAGACUACGUGAAAUGCCAGGAGAAAGUCAGCAAGCUGUACCAGGUAAAUAAAACCCUUUCUGUUAAACCAGAUCAGACAGGUUUACUUUUUUAAUCCGACUCCAUUUUCAUCAAGCAAAGUCAGGCUUUAUUACGACAUUUUGUAGUUUAUUCUGGGGAACCUAAAACAAUCUGAUUGAUCAAAAUCUAACCACUGAAGUUUCAUCUUUGAGGAAAUGUGUGACGACCUUAAAAAUAAACCUGAUUAAGUGGAUUUAAAGAAGCAGUGACCCACAGAGUAACACAGUAAAAAAUCUAAAAAAUCAGAAUAAUCAAACUGUCGUGUGUCUGAAUCAGAAUCCAAAGGAGUGGACCAAGAUGGUGAUCAGAAACAUCGCCGCCACCGGGAAGUUCUCCAGCGACAGAACCAUCACAGAGUACGCCACCGAGGUGUGGGGGGUGGAGCCCACCGACCUGAAGAUCCCGCCCCCCAACGAACCCAGAGAGGCCAUCGAGGAGACGGCCCGGGCUCUGAAGAAAGUGUGAGGCUGAACCACAUCCAGGGUGGAGGGGAGAGGGGGUGACUUCCUGUUUACACAUCAUUCACUGUUUAACCUUCGAGUAACACGCCGCGAGAACUUUACCGAGAACUUCAGAUCAGCUGUUUUUUAUUAUUAUCUAUUUUAGAUUUACAAACACCAGAGUCAGAGUUAGAGAGAGUCUGUUACAGACGUCAACACACGCAGGAAAGAGUGGAUUUGAUUUGUAACUCGGAUCAGUUUAAGUCUCAGAAACUCUGACCUCUAAAAUCACAGAGACUCAAAGUGUUUUACGACCGUCGAACCCGGUGUAUCUUUGUCAAACCAGUUUCAUGUGUGAUCUCCAGUAGCUGUUGAAAUAAAAGCUCAUUGUGUUACAUGGUUCGUAUCAUCUGUUUAAUGUUAAAAUUAAAGUUAAUCAUAAUGAUUUAAAAGCUCAAAACUAACUAAUGUUGACCUUUUUUCCAAAGUGGUAAACUUCUUGUUGUAAACUGGACAUGUUGACCUAAUUUAAUACCUCCAUUGGCUGAAUUUUUUACCACUGAUAGGGGGCGCUAUCGAGCCACAUUUACCCACUGAUAUUUAAAUCCCAUAUAAUUUAAAUCUUUUGUCAUGUGCCAAGUUUGGUGAGUUUUUGAGCAUUUUAAGACACUGUAAAAAAGUGAUAAAUAAAGAGAAACCGUUUAUAUUUAAAAAGGGCCGAACAACAACCUGAAGAAGUACGCUUUUAAAAAAAAAAGAUGAACAUGAAAUUAAAAACUUAGGAAUAAAAAGUGAAAGUUUAUUCAGCAAGAGUCUGAAGAUUUCUUUAAAUGUUCUUUUAUUAGAUUUCUCAUGUAAAAACCGGAGCGAACACAAACACCUUCACAGAUAUUUGAGGAGAAAAAUAAGUAAGAGCGACCACAGCGAGAGUACCUCUUAAAACUAGAAUAUCCAGAGAAAGUGAAUUAUGUCUUAAAUAUUUAAAUAAAACACUGAAAAGGUCAAAAUUAAAACACUGAAGUUAUAAAAUGAGUCCAGAGUUAGUUUAAAGCUCCUGUGAAGAGUUUAUGAAACAGAGUGAAAUUAACAAAAAUGUCUUUUUUAAAAUCUGUUAAAACAAAAACAGGGUUAGGGUCAGACAUGAUGAUUUAAACCCUCUUCAUUUCCCACUGCAGAAAUACAAAUAAAGUUAAAAUAUUUGACUGUCAUCGGAAACGAGGAUGAGAUUCCUUCGUCUGAUUGGACGAGAAGCAGAGAUAAAAAAGCUAAAAUUCCUCUCAGGAGCUUUAAGGUAGAGUGUGUAGAAAUGUGAAUAUUUAGAGAUAUCAAGUAUAUCAAGUGUGAGGACAAAAAGCUCCUCAGUAUCGUCCUCUAGUUCUCAAGUUUUGACCAUCAAAAAUAUCUGUACAGAUUCUCUUGUGUGAAAUAACGCCCACUGCUUCGUCUUCUUUGUUAUGGUCCAUUUCACACAGACACUCUAUACAAAAAUACGACACCAUAGCAGAAACAUGUUAGUGAAAGAUGGCAGCCUCUAUGGAAGAUGAGCUGCUCCUGUGUAGUCAUAAAAGUCUCAAAAGUUAAAGGGAUAUACUGUCGUAAAAUUAAAUUAUGGUCAAACACCGUAACACCGAGUUAGACCCCACCUCCAGAGAUGAA